AUGUCCCAACACACCACUCGAUCAGAAAACGCGGAACAGGUCGAAAGUGCGGACGUCAGUGGCGACCGCUUCCGUUCACGUCUCGCCGUGCAAUGUCCGCCAGGGCUGGAUGAUGGUGCAGCGGAAGACGAGGGGACCACUGCGCGGGGGAGGGGGACGCGGUGGGCGGGGCCUCGCAGGUGUACCAAGUCGAACGGUGAUAUAUGCGCGCGC